AUAUAAGCAGUAGUUCUGUGAGUGUAACAUACUCUGCACAAUUUCUUCAUCGUCGGACUCUCUCCUGCCGUCGCUAUGGCUUCUUUUUCGAUAGACGUAGUAGCGCCCUUUUUGGUGAUAGCCAAGCGGAGGGUCACGCCAACCCUAACCUACACCCUAAUUCCUCGAGUAUGGAGAACCGGCUGCUCUCGGAGCGGGAGCUCCCUAUUCGCUUCAUCAUCAUCCUCAUCUGUUCGUUCGAGGAGUAUCUCUACUGCCGCGUCCAGUUAUUCCCCAAAAUGGAGGCGCUUAUCUAGGAGGUUCACUGCCUGUGCGACCACAACUUCCACUCCGCAAGGCGAAGCUUCUGAAGUCUUGACUGAUAUUGUGCCCGAUAAUCGCAUUCCUGCUACAAUUAUCACCGGUUUCCUAGGUUCCGGAAAGACCACAUUGCUAAACCACAUAUUGACUGCCAAUCAUGGAAAGCGGAUUGCAGUUAUCGAGAAUGAGUAUGGCGAAGUGGAUAUUGAUGGUUCUUUGGUUGCUGCAAAAACUUCUGGGGCUGAAGACAUUGUCAUGCUUAACAAUGGAUGUUUGUGUUGCACGGUGAGGGGCGAUCUUGUUAGAAUGAUUGCAGAAUUAGUCAGUAAGAAGAAAGGGAGAUUCGAUCAUAUUGUAAUAGAAACAACAGGCUUGGCAAAUCCAGCACCAAUUAUUCAGACUUUCUACGCUGAGGAUCAAGUAUUUAAUGAUGUUAAGCUGGAUGGUGUUGUAACAUUAGUUGACGCAAAACAUGCUGGUCUUCACCUGGAUGAAGUCAAGCCAAAGGGAGUGGUUAAUGAAGCAGUAGAGCAAAUUGCGUAUGCCGACCGUAUUAUAGUGAACAAGACUGAUCUGGUUGAUGAAGCAGCCAUGGCUUCCUUGAUUGAACGCAUAAGGAGAAUAAAUCAAAUGGCACACCUGAAGAUGACAAAAUACGGAAAAGUUGAUAUGGAAUAUGUUCUUGGUAUUGGAGGAUUUGAUUUGGAAAGGUUAUCUUUUCACUUUUUCUUUCACGACUCUGGUUUCCAUCCUAAGAGGUCAAACAUGAUAGGAGUUGUAGUUCGUAGUCUAAGGUUAUAUAUGUUUUUUUUUUAAAUUCCAUGAAUAUCCGAUGUGAGACAUGCUCUCAAACACCCAUAACAAGUAGACCUAGGGCCAGUCUCUUGCAAACUUGUCACAGAUGUUCACAUUCUGGCUGCAGGUGUUACUAGCUCUCAUUAGUCUCAUAUAAUAUAAAAAGUUAUGGGUUUUAUUGGGGUAAUUUUCUUGGAUUUACUAGCUCUCAAUGUUUUUAUAUUUGUGCAUCAAUAUCAUUCAGGGAAACUCAUAUCAACAUUAAUUUGUCUCACUUGCUCCAUUGUUUGUUAUCUUGGACUUAUGGACUAGUAGAUAGUCAUACAAAUUGGUCUAAUAUGCCAUAAGUAUCUCUAGUUGCUUUGACAUAAUGGAUCUGCCAAAAUAGGUGCCUCUAUUUCUUGGAAAAACUGUUCACACCACAGUAGAAUUCAAGGGUAGAUGUUUCCAUGAUAUUCUAUUCUCAACGCCUCUGCUGUGUUGGGGCUCGAACCUGGGCAAACUUCCCCAGGAAUCCCUGUGAGUGGGCUUCUUACCACUCAAACCAGGGUAGAAGUUCAUUGAAUGAUUCACAUUAUUAGUCUCAUCUCUACGUAAAUCUCAACCACACAAUUUCACCUUUACGUAAACACAGUGAAAAAUUUAUCUUGUUUUUCAUAUGCAGUAAUUUUUUGUCAACCUUUUCUGUGUGAUGCAUUUAUUAUUUAAUUUGGUCAUUUCUACAAUGAAAGAAUUCUGCAUGCGUACUUUUUUCCUUUUAGUUAUUCCGUGCAACUCAUAGAAGUAAAAUCUCUAUAUCUAUUCUAUUUUUAAUACCGUACAUUCAUGAUCUCUUUGGCCAUGAAGGCUCUCAUUAGGCCAUAUUGUUUCUCAGGCUCAGCUUAAACUAUUUGAGCUUUCACUACACAUGCUUAUCUAAUUAAAAUUGGCUGAGCCUGAAACAAGUGAUUCAACUUUUCAGAGUUUUAGGUAAGAUUAUUCAUGCCCCUCAACCCACACAACACACUGGCACUGCCUUAAAGUUAUAUGAGUUCUAUAAGGUGGUGUCAAUGUGCGUCCUGAUCUUUAACUGCAUAAUAGAGAUGGGGGUUAGGGGAAGAAUGGAACAAGCGAUUCCUAUGAAAUGCUACUAUACAUUAUACCUUUAAGAGUUUAUUUGGGGAGAUUAUUCUAGCCCCACAACCCACACAACACUCAUAGCAUCACCUUAGAGUUAUAUAAGUUCUAUAUGGUGUCCAUGUGCGUCCUGAGCCUCUGCAUAAUAGAGGUGGAAGGUACUGGAAGAAUGCAAUUCUCAUUGAAAUAGUGUUCAUUAAAAAAAUUAUUUUAUUUAAAAUGAUCUGAAUAUAGUAAUUGAUUGAUU